AUGUCGCAAAUUCUACCUGUAGACCGGGGAUCGUGCAAAUCAGAAGAAAAUAUUACGCACGUCUCUAAGGAGACAGCGGAAAUUUCUAACGAACCAAAGUUAACAGAUAAUGACACAAUUCCACUCGAGAAGCAUGAUUUAACUCAUACUGCACAGGAUUUAUCAGAAAAAGCGCAAGAGUUGUCUGUGGGGGGUGAUAUUAUUCAGAAACCGAGUCCUGUUACACCCGAGUUCAAAGCCGGGGAUUUGACCAGCAAAGAUGAAACUUUAAUUACAAAGCAAAUUACUCAAGUUCCUCUUCGAGAUAAUGAACUUCACCCGAAAAAACGUAUUGCUUUAGCUACUCAGCCACAACAACAUAAUUCCCAUCGUGGAGCUGGUCGAUAUGAGAAACGGCAAUCUCAGAAUCCGAUUAAGUUUGUCGAAAAGCUGGUUGAGCACACAAACGCUAUUAUACAAUCUCCUGAUGACUUUACCUCUCCUGCAUUCCUUUUCAUGAUACAAAGAGAAUGGCUACCAAAAUACGCUAAUGUUCUUCUUUCUAGAAGUUAUCCCGAUUUAUCCUAUCAUCUCGCCAAUACUAUUCAUGAAUUUUUCAAUAAUCUAUUGGACAUCACAGUCCUUAUUUUGAACGAUCCAGAAAUGAUGGGCGUAAAAUACGAUGACUUUCCAAUAUCAGAACAUCUGUCGGAAGUAGUUUAUCGUAUUAUCGGUGAUGAGAAUGCAGCGUUUUAUCGACGUUUUGAUGGUCGAAAUGAUAGUUCUGGAAGACCAGAAGUUGGUCCUAGCGGGAUGUAUGAAUUUGAAGAUAAUAAUAAUAGUGAAAUGGUUGGGAUUGAACAGUUAGAUUCCCGUAUGUCACAAUAUCAAGUCAACAGCAUUAAACACUUAAUUGCAAAAGGAGGAAUGCACGCUAUGAUGCGUGCUCUCGGGAAUGGGAAUGUUAAUAAUCGAGAAGGAACAGAACCAUAUAGCUUCAAUAUCGAUUUAAAAGAUAUUUAUGGAUUGGUCAAAAUAAUUCAUAAGCUCACUCAAUAUCUUGUGCAUAGUAAUAAUUUCAAUAUCAUGGAAUUCCGCGAAUGUGUAUUUGAAGUUGCCUUACAAGUUCAAAAACAAAUUAAAGGAAUUCCCGACGAGACAUUAUAUCGUCAGGACAAAAAGCUUUUCAUCAACAUAAUACAUAUAGUGCAUCACAUAAUAACCAUGGUUCCGUCAACUUCACAAGUGCAAUCAGUUGUAAGGGAUGAAGCCAACUAUCAUGCAAUGAUUUCCUCUGAAGACGAAGACGAUGACGAGGAGGAUCCGGAAGUUAUGCUUUAUCAAGAUCUUCCUGACGAGCAGCAGAUUUUAACUUGCUGUUUUCUCAGACUCGAUGUUGCAAGCAGAUUAUUAAGAGCUCCACGUCUUGAUUUGCGAUUGACUGGUCUAACUGAGAUUAAAGACCUUUUGAUCUUUGGCUUGAAACAUGCAAGGCAAUUAAGACGCACCAAACGAAAGAGCACUUCUAGAAAACGAAGCUUUAAUCUCGAAAAUUCUUCGGAUAGAAUUAUUCGAUCUCUCGUUAACCGAUUUCGUGAAAAGGAAAUAUUAGAAUAUAUAUUUGGUCCAAAUAUACAUUUGGAAAUAGUUCAGCGUUCAACAGAUGUUCUACUUUUUCUCAUAGACGCUGAAGCAUUGAAUUCAACAGAUCUGGAUAAGAUAUGGAUGCCGGUGGCAGGAAAUCAACAUCAAAGCAUCGUCCAUGGCGUCUUUAAUGUUCUAAACGAGAUAUCUGAUCGUCUUGGCUUAGAACACCGAGAAAAUCUAUUCAGGAAACUUAAAGUAUUACCAAUGAGUCUGUACGACACACAAACAUAUCUCUUAAUUAAGCAAUUAAUACUUUCUAUGGUGGAAACUGCGCAUUCUUCGAUUAGUAUAAGAGACUCAAAGGUAAAUCAAGUAUUUUAUGAGGCUCAACUGUUAUUAUGGCGUAUUUUGCGCGAUUCUUCGGUGCCGUUGUCGUUACUUAUGAAUGCGGAAGCUACUACACCCACCGCUGCGUCCACCGCUUCAGCCUCGUCUUUAAUUGAUCAAGAUAUUAUUCAAGGUGUAAAUCAAUUAUUGAAUAAUAUAUUACAAUAUGGACCACAUGAGGAAAAGCGAGAGGAAUUUUUGGAAAAAUGUAUUGAAGAUUUGAAGUCACAUCAUCCUGCAACAGUAUGGGCGCUUCGUGUUAUCAUGCGAAUUAUCACACCACCAUUUCCCACUACAACUUGCACCGCCAUGGAUUAUUUACGCCAUUUAAUCUUUCAAAUUGGCUUACCCAACCUAUUUUUGGAAGACUUGACUCAUUGGACAAACACCGUAAAAUCGCUAUAUGAUAGACGAAACAGUUCCAUCAGUAUGGAUAUCGAUCGUAUGUCACCAUCUGGUUCCGCCUCUCCACUUGUUGGUCUUUCGCCAACUCGAGCAGUUAUUAUAAAGGAUCAAUUGCAUGGAAGACUGCAAUUUCUUCAAUGGAUGGGAAAUUCAGAAACAGUUUCGUUUUUCACUUCAACCGAACAAACGGAUAUUAUUUGGGAUUGUUUAAUUGCCGAGCCAAUUGGAGUAUCAGAGCGAGAUGAGGCUUUUCAAUGUUUGGAAACCAUUGAAGAAUACAACUAUUUUAUCAAUCAUUUCUUUCAUAAUCGCUUGCCUCAAUUAGAUGUAAGAUACUUUUCUGAACAGGCAUUAAAAUAUGCGAAAAAUUGUCUACUCAAGGUUAAUAACAAAAAUGAUCGAUUGCGAAUGAAUCUCCCUUCCCAAAUAUAUUUACAAGGAGACUUGAUUGGUACUCAACUAAUUUGGAAUAUUGCGCUGUGUGCAGAAGUGGAAUCGGUUGGAAAAGAAGCCAUCGCUUUCUUAGUUCAUUUGUACAUGAAUACGGAACCUAAUUUACCAGAUAGCGUCUCAUUAGCACGGAAACAUCGUGAGACGGUGGUAGACAAAUGUGUCGCUAAUUUAUUUGCUGCUGCCAAUGGUCUCUCUUCGUCUUUGUCAUUUUCCCCGUCAGUCGGCAAUUUAUCAAUUGAAAGCUUAGAUCAACGUGACGAUGCUCAUGAUCUUGGAAAUUACACCUUCACUAGUCGUAAAACACGAGAUGCCUUGAUGUUCAAGCGAUGCCUCGAAAUGCUAAAAUAUUUUAUGGAUUAUUUUGACACAAAGUACAUGUCUACUAAAUCAGGUCAAAUGCUUGUAAGACGACAUGGAAUGUUGAAUGAUGGGAAAAUGAUUACCAUCAAAGUCAAACUUUCUCAAGGAGCUGAAACAAAAGAAAUGGAAUUUCCGAUGCACACGUCAGAGACUAUCUUAGCUUUGCGUCAUAAAAUUGGUGCAAAGAUUAAACUUUCCCAGCCCGGAGUAAUCCGAUUAAUUACAGGCGGAAAAGAAUAUCAUCACGACUCAAAUGGAUCAACUUUCCAAGAACUUAAAAUAAACGAUGGCGCUGUAUUUAUUUGUAUAAGAAGGAGGAGUGAAGUGGAAGAUGCUCAAGAAACAGAGAAACUCGAACCCAAAGCAAACGAGGAGGUCAAUGAAGCUGAUAUGCCUGUCAAUAUCUUAUCAAAAUACGUUGACCAAUUCUUUGUUAUGUUGCAACUCGAAGAAGAAUACGCAUCUCAGAUUUGGGAUUUGCUUAUGCGACUUCCAACCAACACUAGAAUUCUGAAUAGCCUUAAAACUUUGGAAGCUCCUGUCGAAUGGAACACUUUACUAGAUAGCCAAUCUCCAUUCCGCUUGCUUUAUGCCUUGCAAAUUGUCGACUGGCUGCUGAGAGGUGGUGAUGAACAAUUGAGUGCUUUUGAGUGGAGCCGGAAAUUCAUGGAAAAUGGAGGGCACGAUCAUUUACUUGCGAUUCUUAUCAAGCGAGAUCAAACCACUAAUGAUUCAGAAAAUGCUUUGAUUGAACACCAAAAAAGCGUAAUAAAACGAGCUUGUUUAGGUCUUUUGCUUAAAGUCAUUGACUAUUUCAUUAGUAGUGAAAAUUCAACUAUGGACGGACAAUUCUUCAUGAGAAUCGACAAAAGUGAUCUAAUUUCUAGAUUGCUUGAAAUAGUCGGAAAGUGCAUCGAUCCUUCUUUAAAGCAAGUUGACGAAGACGUCAUCAUAAUCAAAUACGCAAACAAGUUGCUGUAUUGUUUAUGCAUGAGAGACGAAUCCGCCCUCCAAAGCCUUUUCGCUUACCCAGGCCUAGGUAAUUGGCUCCUCAUGGGACUAGUCCAAUGCCAGUCUGAAGAAGCAAGAAAAGAGCUCGCAAAUCUGAUCGAAAAGUUUUGUAUACCCGAAGAUAUCGAGCUUGGGCUUCAAGAAACAACAUUAUCAUCAUCUCCGCAUUCACGCUCCCUCGAGUUUUUCCUACAACUUCUUGUUUCUAUAUUACCUAAACUUGAACAACACGUUUACACAUGCAAAGAGUAUUUCGGCCUCCUGGGAAGCUUAUUAAAGUCAAUGAUAGCUCCGAUUAAUUUUGACGUCGGCAAACUAUUUGAUUUAAUGAUUCAUCAUAUUAAGAAUCAUCCUAUUAAAGAAGUAGCCUACCAUAGUGAGGAAUCUCAUAGUAACUUUGAUGACACUUUGAUCAUCGGUCUUAUGAAAACAUUGACAGUUCUUAUGGCAAAAUAUCCUAAAUUCAAAUCCACGACUCCGUAUAAUGAGGGAUUGAUAGACAUGAUCUUUGAUGAUUGUCUUUUCGAAAUUCCGACAAUGGAAUAUUCAGGCUGCACAUACGUACCACCAAAAUGCAAAUUUGUCGAAUCACGAACCGCUGCAAUGGAAUUACUGCUCGAGCUUGUAAAAGGUUGCCCUGAGAAUUUCAUCCAUCUAACAAAUUUGUUAUUACGACAGCUCGAUCGUGGUGAUCAAUUAAAUGACAAUUGGAAUUACUGCCCGCAAAUUUGCACCAAAGCAAAUUCCGGUUACGUCGGAUUACAAAACCUCGGUGCAACAUGCUAUGUCAACUCCAUUGUCCAACAAUUUUUUAUGAAUCCUUCAUUUCGCAAUGGUAUUUUUUCAGCGCCUGUCCGAGAUGAAAAUAAAGACGAAAGCUUGCUUUAUCAGUUACAAGUUGUCUUUGGCCAUUUACAAGAAAGUCAAAAGAAAGCAUACGAAGCGACUCCAUUCUGUCAAUCCUAUAAAGACUACGAUGGUGGACCAAUGAAUGUUGCUGUUCAAAUGGAUGUGGAUGAAUAUUUCAAUGGGCUGUUUGACCGAUUGGAGACUAGCGUGUCUGGUACUUCGCAAGAGAUGCUCUUUAAGAAUCAUUUCGGCGGAACGCUUGUCCAGCAAAUCAAGUCGCGUGAAUGUGAGCAUGUCUCGGAGCGCGAGGAUCCAAUCUUUAAUAUUCAGUGCGAGGUCAAAAAUAAGAAAAAUAUAGAAGAAAGCUUGCAGCUUUACGUAGAAGGCGAAAUCAUGGAUGGAGACAAUAAAUAUUACUGCGAGAUGUGUGGCCGAAAAGUGGAUGCAAUAAAAAGGGCUUGUAUAAAGACGCUACCAAACAAUCUCAUACUACAUCUGAAAAGAUUUGAUUUUGACAUGGAAUCACUCAAACGCGUAAAAAUUAAUGAACAAUUUGAAUUUCCGGACCGCAUAAAUAUGGAACCAUACACCUUGGACUAUCUAAUGCAAAAAGAAUCAGGCCAGCUUGAAGAACUGAACUCUGAUGACACGAAUAAAAGCCAGUUUGAGUAUCAGCUCGUCGGAGUGCUUGUUCACACUGGAUCCGCAGAUUCUGGACAUUACUAUUCAUUUAUUAAAGAAAGGAAACCAUUGCAUCCGGAUGGUUCGAAUGAACAAAAAUGGUAUCAAUUCAAUGAUUCGAAUGUCGAAGGAUUCAAUCCCAAAGAUAUUCCAAAAUGCUGUUAUGGUGGUUCCGAAUACAUGACAAACUGGGAUCCAAACACACAAAAGAAUGUCACUCGCACUUUCGCGAAACCUUAUAGUGCAUAUAUGCUUUUCUAUGAACGCUGUGACGACAGUCAAAAUGAUAAUAAUUUUGUUUCGGGAAAAGAGGCAACCUCGAAGAUUCCAGAGGACAUUUAUACAGGCAUCUGGCAUGAAAAUAUAGGUUUCCUGCAAGACAAAAAUAUAUUUGAUGUUGGAUAUUUCCGUUUGAUGUGGAAUGUUCUCCACUCGGUCGACUUCGACGCAGAUAAUCGUAUCAUCAUUGACAAUGAUGAAUAUGAUCUGACAUUUCGGACUAUACAGCUAGCAAGCGAAUUUGUUUUAGGAACAUUUUGUCGCGCUAAAGAAAAUUUAGAAUUAAAGGAGUGGAUUGAUUUCCUCAAAACACUUUUCCAAACUCAUUUGAUAGGGUGUCGAUGGUUCAUUAAACGGUUUAUUGAAAAACAUCCCAAUUAUGCCCAACAGAUUUUCAUGUCUUGCUAUGUGCCAGAAGUCAGAGAGCACGUCGUCGACUUGGUAUUGUUCGUGUUGCGAGUUCUUCGCCAAGGAGACCCAAAUGUAUAUGGAUUAGUUAUGACAACAGAUCAUGUGAUCGAUGAAAACCACGACACUAGAAUGAGCGUCGACUCUACUUCACAAAUUGCUCAAUCCCUCCAAACGAAUAAUAGCCUUAUAGUGGAGUUCUGUGAUGCAUUAUUUUUUCUGCUUAACAAUGCUUCUCAUUACUGGAGAAACUUCGAUCAAUAUUUCUGUUUGCUCUCACAAAUAGCACAUUUGGGAAUUCCUGAAAAAGUGUACAUGAUCAACUGUGGUCUUGUAGGAGAAUUGGUCAAGUUAUUCCUAUUGGACGAAAUAUCUCCAUUAAAAGGAAGAAAACGAAGAAUGGGCGAUAAAUUUUCUCUUCCUACAUUCAGAAAUUUAUUAGCUACUUUAGCAAUUUUAAUUACCGCCUGCGAUGCACCGUGCACCGUUGAGCAAACGACCGAAAUAUCAGGAACUGAAGCUCGUCUAAAACUAAACGAAGAAGAUCUACGUCUUAUUCUUCAACGUAGCGAAACAGACGACGAAUUAAUCUUCUUCAUGAAGCAGAUUCGGGAUAAUGUCGAUCUUGCAUCCUCGCGUGAUAUCUUUACACAUUUUGCUACCAACGAUAAAGGGUUGUCCGAGCAGUUAAUAGAACAACUAUUUCGCGCUGCGGAUUCUUACCCGGUCGAUCAUCACGUCAAGGCUUAUUUGGAGAUAGUUUAUGUGUUGACUCAAAUUAAAGAUUUCCAUUUGGAAUUCAGAGUUCGGCAUGCAAUCCAAUAUGUAUUGAAGCUGUCAAACAAUCACCCAAAUACGCCCUCUGUUGCUGGUGAAUGUCUUCGUUUCAUUGAAUAUUUAAUUGUGUCCGAUAUCGGAUCUUAUGUCCAAGAUCUGCUCUCAACUCACAUGGGACAAUGGUUACCCAGUUUUCUUCUCGACAAUCCCUACGAAACAAUCCGACAGCAUGCAGAAAGUUUAUGUGAUAUACUAAUAUUUCAUCGUGUGAAAGAAACUCUUGACGAAACACACAAAGAAGCGAUUCGUAAACUUUACGAGGUACUGUUAAAGAAUUUGGACCGUUGUGAGAGUUGCUGGAAAAUAACACACCAUCGCAAAGAAUUAUACGGAUGGAGACUAAGCAAUUAUUUCAGGGUUUUGACGAAGUGUAUCAUUACGAAUGAAGACAAGCUUGCGUUUAUUCCUUACUUUGAUAAAUUCAUAACGUGCUUUAUUAGCGUCGAUAAUGUAAGACAUGAUUCUGAUAUGGACAAAAAGGAAAUGAUUAUUUUCUGGCAUAAAGUGUGCAGUGGAUGUCCAGAGAAUGUAGCUUUAUACGUAAAGAACCCGAAUAACAUAAUUGAAGCUAUGCACAUGUACUACGUGAGCAUCAAUCACAAUGCAGAGAAUAUCGCGUAUAAUCAAGCAACUUUACCUAAAUAUUAUGGUAUUAUUUUGAUGGCAUGUCAGCAAUCGCCCGAGUACCACGCCAUUUGGAUGGAUGCUGCAAAUUUCACUUGGGCUUUGCAUAAUAUGAUAUGGGGCGAUUUUUAUGACGAUCAUAAAACAGACGAGCUUAUAGAAUUAUUGAAAAUUAGUGCUGAUAAAUCGGUCGAGUUCAGAAUAAAAUGUUGGGAUAGUGUUUUGAGUGUCGGACAAUCCGUUUCUGCACGUAAAAUUUCCUACUAUUUAAAACUGCACACCUUCCUUUAUCGGGAGACAAUUGAAGAUUUUUUGAUAUUUUGCAAGUAUUACGGAUUAGAUUAUUUCUCUCAGUAUAUUUUUUCGGUCAAAGAGAAAAACCCUAGUGACGAAAACUUGUUCCAAUGUUUGGACGUGUUACUCUGCUAUUUCAAAAAAGUUGUCGCCGCUUCAUCCCGUAAUCAAAAUGAUCAAGAAUUGCAGUCAUCCUUUAAAUCAUGGACCCAUCAAAAGAACUUUGUUCGCACUCUAUUGAGUUUCUUGCAUCCAAACACAGAAAAUCAAAUAUACAUUCGCGUAACAGGCAAGUCGAAACAACGCAAAAAUAUAUUCUGUAUUCUAUUGGAAAUCGAAUACAUAUCUGAUGCCGUUAGUGAUAUACUAGAUGCAAUGGUAUCCAGUCACGCGGAAUGGAACAAAAAGACGUCACAUAUUGAAGGAGAUCUGUUAUUAGUCUUUGGCGGCAACCACUCCCUCUUUAACAAAUAUCAAUUGCUCCCUGACCUAAAAACUGGGGGGACGAAUAAAUCUUCCUUUAAUUACCCUUCGAUACACGUGUACAAGCCAUUCUUGCAUAAACUACUACCAUUAGAAAUUCAAUCACUACAGGAGGAAUUGUAUUCGCCCUACCUGACGAUCGUGAAACACGCUAUCGAUGCAGGGUGCAGGCUACACGAAUACGAUAAAGUGGUUCAACUAUGCUCGUUAAUCGCGGUAGAAAUGAUGGAAUUCCAAGGCGAAUUCGCACUCUACACGCUAUUUGAUCUGUUCGACAAGACUUCGGAAAACGAUCAAAUAUUACAAGCUUUUAUUAAUAUCCAUGUUGCGAGAAUAGUGGAAUAUAUUCUCAAUUCUAAUCUAUCAAUAUUGCUCAAGCUUUCGCAACAACAACUGAAGUCGUUAAAAUCUUUGACUCAAUUUGUAAAGAGUAGAAAAGUCGAUCUGAUCCAACCAAUCAUAUCUAAACAUAUUCAGCAACUGGUCAUCAAUGUAAAAGUUUUAAAGGAACGAUUAGAAGCUAAUGAUGUGAAGCUGGUUGGAUCGAUUCUUGAACAACUAGUUGCAGUGCUUCAAGUAUUGGAUAUCACUUUGACUCCCACUGAUUUUAUGUCACCAUCAGCAGAAGAUCCACUCUGGCAUGCAUUUAUAGAAAGCCUCGAGAAGCUCAAAGAAUAUUUGUUAUCUUCGGAUCAGCAGAGUCAAUUUGAAAGUUUCGCUGUUAUAUCCGAGAAAAUUAUUCUUUUAGUUGAUGAACUGAAAAGUCAAGUACCAUCGGCCAUAAUAACUACUACAACAUCAUUAGUAGCUAAUGAGGAGGAUAUUAUUAUUGUCACCGAGAACACCGAAGAUGAAUCUAUGAAAGAAGAUAAUAGCAGCAGCAACAAUGAAGCUGUUGUUGGUAGUGAUAAUCACAAAAAUGCAGGCAACAAUUCAGGAGACGAUGGAGGCGUUGGCGUUGCUACGAAUAUUAGUGGUGAUGUUGAUGAAAACUCGGGCAAUCUUCAAGAUCAGCAGCCAUCCACCAUUUAA